AUGGCAUUCAUAUCCAGCAUCACCCACCCACCCAAGUCCAAUGCUGUCACUGGUGACUGGGGUCGUGCUCGUCGAUACUUGAACAGCCAAGGGUUCUUUUUGACGGGCCUCAGCAUUUUCUUGCCAUAUAUGGUGACAUUUGUGCUCAUGGCUCUUAUCACACGCUUUGACUUAGAGCCUCGCUUCCCGGUUUACAUCGUAUCCAAAUUGUCUUUGGGGUUGCUUCUGACGAACCUUCACACGGCGUGGGUUCAUGCUGUCAUAUCCAAGUCCAGCAAUUCGAUCUGGCAGAGACUACCUAAGGGGAAAGAUUGGCUUGCAAUUAUUCCAGUCGCCUCUUUGGAUAUUGUAUUGCCGCAUGGUGUUUACUAUUUGACAAAGACUGCCUUGGCUUUCGCUCAGGGUAUAGUCUCUGUCAAAGAAGAUGCUUCACCAGCAACAUUCGGGUUUUUCGCUGUUACUAUUGUCCCAAUAUUCUUGAGCUGGUUGACAGCAACCUUCACUCGCGCCAUCUAUGUCAAGAUAGCGGCAUCAAUGCUACCCAUCGAUGAUCAAAUUGUUCUACCCUUUGACCAUAGAGGCCCGACAAAUCGUCUGAACAUCCGUGAUGCCAUCCGUAAAAUCACAAUGCAGAACUGGCACCGUUACCUACGUAUUGUCUAUGAGGUGGCUGUGUAUGAGUAUCUCUGGGUGAUUUUUUCGGCCGUUGUCAUCGUGGCGGAGCUUUAUUAUAUGGCGCCGUGCGCUUUUAUCGAUAUAAUUGGUUGGUAUACCCGGGAUUGGUGA